AUGUCUAAUCACGGAAACACUACAGGAGUCAAUGAAGGACCCUCAUCCUUCGAGUCAGCCAGCACUGGAAGUUCUGUUGCCCACUCAACAUCUGAGACCCAUUCAAAGAACAACGCCAGCUCUUAUGAGACAUUCGCCGAUCUCCCUGUUCAUCGUCAAAUUGAUCUCGCUGACCGUUCUGGAUUUACCGUUAGACAAUUAACCAUUGCCAACAUACCAGUUUGUUCCGAAGGAUGUGAAGCUGAAUUAAAAGUCUUAGCAGACUUGACAGCUUACAUUAGAAACUCAAACUUCAAAGCUAGUCCUCCCCCAUCUCAAAAGGUUAUGAGCUCCUUUGACGCUCCUCAAGCGCCAAAUUUCAAACAAUUUCUCUAA